AUGUCGUCGGACUAUGAAGCACCUAAUAUUGACAUUGGCGAUGUGAACUUUGUUGAGAUUAUUAAAGAGACAAACGGCUAUUCCCUCCUUAUGAAUGGGAGAGGAUCCACCCGCCAUUCCGUUGAUCUUUUCGAGAAUGAAAGUCGGGCAUACAGUCGAUUGAAGGCCCGAGGAUUCUACGAACGCGGAUCUGUACCUGACUUCUAUGGGGUGGUUGGGAAUAUCGACCCUGAGGCGAAGGGCUGGCAACCUCGCCUCAAAAUAUUCUAUGACCGGACUUUUCCUCAGGGUCUUGAUCCCGAGGCUCGCCCAAAUGGUGUACUGAUGGAAUACAUUCCCGAUGUGCACAUGUUUGACCUCUCUAACUACACAGAGCAAAGAGCUCGCAACCUCCAGCGGCUUUUGAUCAAGAUCCAUGAAGUUGGGAUCGUACACCUUGAUCCUUAUCCCCGAAAUAUGCUAAUUCAGGGUGAUUCCGAUCGGGUACUCUGGAUCGACUACGAAAUUGCCCAGAUAUUUGACCCAGAGAACUCAGAGCACCCCAGAUUGUUUGCCGCGGAAAGAGAAUUUAUUGAUGCCUUUAUGGAAGUGCUGGGCAGGGAUCAUAAGCUAGGGAGGUAUGAUGAGACGCGGCCGAUUUAUUUUGAGUGA